CUCAGGAUGUUUUUCCUUUCUGUCCACUAGGGGGCUACUGGCAGAGGAAUGGGAAAAAACGGAGGCUUAAAAAAAUACGCUGCUGAAAUUUCAGCAAGAGGGGAAAAGAGAGAGCGCGUGAGAGAGAGACAGCAGAGCAGUUCCAGGCUUCCUCUUCUCGUUCACGUCAGAGGCAGGAACCGACUGUGCUAAGGCUGUUGGCUCAACACGCAGACAGACAGGAGCAGACCCACGAGGGGGCGAGCAGGGGUCCUCCCCGCGCCGACGAUUACCACUGGAGGAGCAAGCCGCCUGACUUUUUUGCUCUUAUCUGGGCUGCCUCUUCUUCCACUCGCAGCCCUGCCGGCUUGGAUUUCGUUCCUUUCUUGGAGCCUCCUCUCUUCCUCUCGGAAGGAGAAGGAGGAAGGGAAGAGAAGCGAGAGAGGUGGGCUCUCUAGGUGAGCGCAUCAGCUGGCUCCAGCCCGAACCCACAGGAAUCCUCUUCCCAGGAAGCUCCUCUGCUCCUGCCGGCACCCCGGCCCGGGCGUCUGGAUUGUCCCGCCGCACGAAGGGCAGAUCUCUUCUGCAGUUAGGAAUAAAGAGCAAGCCGGAGAGGCAACACUGAGACUCCAUCACAAAAGCAAUUUCAGGGCAGUUCUUGAAUAGAAGAACCAGAACAAUUAUCUACCUGUCUGCAAACCAUAUUGAUUUUAAUUUAUAAGAAUCGUACAGAUAAUAACUCAAUCAUCACUCCAUCCCUCAAGAUUCCCACAACUCCAUGCCGUGUGCUGCAGGCUGGUCUUGAACGAGCUCUGGCUGAAAGGAUGGGGGCAGAUGGGGAGACAGUGGUCCUGAAGAACAUGCUCAUUGGUGUCAACCUGAUCCUUCUGGGCUCCAUGCUCAAGCCCUCAGAGUGUCAGCUGGAGGUGACCACGGAAAGAGUCCAGAGGCAGGCACUGGAGGAGGAGGGAGGCCUUGGCAACUACAGUACGUCCAGCAAAGAGCAGCCCAUGGUCUUCAACCACGUGUACAACAUCAACGUGCCCCUGGACAGCCUCUGCUCCUCGGGGCUGGAGGCCUCGGCCGAGCAGGAGGUGAGUGCGGAAGACGAGACUCUGGCAGAGUACACAGGCCAGACCUCGGACCACGAGAGCCAGGUCACCUUCACCCACAGGAUCAACCUCCCCAAAAAGGCCUGCCCGUGUGCCGGCUCGACCCAGGUGCUGCAGGAGCUGCUGAGCCGGAUCGAGAUGCUGGAGAGGGAGGUGUCCGUGCUGCGGGACCAGUGUGCCAGCAACUGCUGUCAAGAAAGUGCGGCCACAGGACAACUGGACUACAUUCCUCACUGCAGUGGCCAUGGUAACUUUAGCCUGGAGUCCUGCGGCUGCAUCUGCAACGAAGGCUGGUUUGGCAAGAACUGCUCAGAACCCUACUGCCCGCUGGGCUGCUCCAGCCGGGGCGUGUGCGUGGACGGCCAGUGCAUCUGCGACAGCGAGUACAGCGGGGACGACUGCUCCGAGCUCCGCUGCCCCACAGACUGCAGCUCCCGGGGGCUGUGCGUGGACGGGGAGUGCGUCUGCGAAGAGCCCUACACGGGCGAGGACUGCCGGGAGCUGAGGUGCCCCGGCGACUGCUCAGGGAAGGGGACCUGUGCCAACGGUACCUGUUUGUGCCAGGAGGGCUACGUGGGCGAGGACUGCGGCCAGCGGCGGUGUCUGAAUGCCUGCAGCGGGCGAGGGCACUGCCAGGAGGGGCUGUGCGUCUGUGAAGAGGGCUACCGGGGCCCCGACUGCUCGGCAGUUGCCCCUCCAGAGGACUUGCGAGUGGCUGGUAUCAGCGACAGGUCCAUUGAGCUGGAAUGGGACGGGCCGAUGGCAGUGACGGAAUAUGUGAUCUCUUACCAGCCGACGGCCCGGGGGGGCCUCCAGCUCCAGCAGCGGGUGCCUGGAGAUUGGAGUGGUGUCACCAUCACGGAGCUGGAGCCAGGUCUCACCUACAACAUCAGCGUCUACGCUGUCAUUAGCAACAUCCCCAGCCUUCCCAUCACUGCCAAGGUGGCCACCCAUCUCUCCACUCCUCGAGGGCUGCGAUUCAAGACCAUCACGGAGACCACCGUGGAGGUGCAGUGGGAGCCCUUCUCCUUCUCCUUCGAUGGGUGGGAGAUCAGCUUCAUCCCGAAGAACAAUGAGGGAGGAGUGAUUGCCCAGCUCCCAAGUGAUGUCACCUCCUUUAACCAGACUGGGCUGAAGCCCGGGGAGGAAUACAUUGUCAAUGUGGUGGCCCUGAAGGAACAAGCCCGCAGCCCCCCGACCUCAGCCAGCGUCUCCACUGUCAUCGACGGGCCCACGCAGAUCCUGGUUCGCGAUGUCUCUGACACUGUGGCCUUUGUGGAGUGGACCCCACCUCGCGCUAAAGUCGAUUUCAUUCUCUUGAGAUAUGGCUUGGUGGGGGGUGAAGGUGGGAGGACCACCUUCCGGCUACAGCCUCCCCUCAGCCAGUACUCGGUGCAAGCACUGCGGCCCGGCGCCCGCUACACGGUGUCGGUCAGCGCCGUCCGAGGGGCCAACGAGAGCACGUCCACCACCACCCAGUUUACCACGGAGAUUGAUGCCCCCAAGAAUUUACGAGUCGGUUCCCGCACAGCAACCAGCCUUGACCUUGAGUGGGAUAACAGCGAGGCAGAAGUUCAAGAGUACAAGGUUGUGUACAGCACACUGGCGGGGGAGCAAUACCAUGAGGUGCUGGUCCCCAAGGGCAUUGGUCCAACCACCAGGGCCACCCUCACAGAUCUGGUACCCGGCACCGAGUAUGGAGUUGGAAUAUCUGCCAUCAUGAACUCACAACAAAGCGUGCCAGCCACCAUGAAUGCAAGGACGGAACUUGACAGUCCCCGAGACCUCAUGGUGACAGCCUCCUCAGAGACCUCCAUCUCCCUCAUCUGGACCAAGGCCAGUGGCCCCAUUGACCACUACCGAAUUACCUUCACCCCAUCCUCUGGGAUUGCCUCAGAAAUCACAGUGCCCAAGGACAGAACCUCGCACACACUGACGGAUCUGGAGCCUGGCGCAGAGUACAUCAUCUCCAUCACCGCCGAGAGGGGUCGGCAGCAGAGCUCGGAGUCCACAGUGGAUGCCUUCACAGGCUUUCGCCCUAUCUCCCAUUUGCACUUUUCUCACGUGACUUCCUCUAGUGUCAACAUCACCUGGAGUGACCCAUCUCCCCCAGCAGACAGACUCAUUCUGAACUAUAGCCCCCGGGAUGAAGAGGAAGAGAUGAUGGAGGUCUCCUUGGAUGCCACCAAGAGACACGCUGUCCUGAAGGGUCUGCAGCCAGCCACUGAGUAUAUCGUGAACCUGGUGGCCGUCCAUGGCACAGUGACCUCUGAGCCCAUCGUGGGCUCCAUAACCACAGGAAUUGAUCCUCCCAAAGACAUCACAAUUAGCAAUGUGACCAAGGACUCGGUGAUGGUCUCCUGGAGCCCUCCUGUUGCAUCUUUUGAUUACUACCGAGUAUCAUAUAGACCUACCCAAGUAGGACGGCUGGACAGUUCAGUGGUGCCCAACACUGUGACAGAAUUCACCAUCUCCAGGCUGAACCCAGCUACCGAAUAUGAAAUCAGCCUCAACAGUGUGCGGGGCAGGGAGGAGAGCGAGCGCAUCUGCACUCUGGUGCACACAGCCAUGGAUAACCCUGUGGAUCUGAUUGCCACCAACAUCACCCCCACGGAAGCCCUGCUGCAGUGGAAGGCUCCAGCGGGUGAUGUGGAGAACUACGUCAUUGUCCUCACACACUUCACAGGUGCUGGGGAGACCAUCUUGGUUGAUGGAGUCAGUGAGGAAUUCCAGCUCAUCGACCUGCUUCCUAGCACCCACUAUACCGUCACCAUGUACGCCACCAGUGGGCCUCUCACCAGCGGUACCAUCAGCACCAACUUCUCCACCCUCCUGGACCCUCCCGCAAACCUGACUGCCAGUGAAGUCACCAGACAGAGCGCGCUGAUCUCCUGGCAGCCUCCCAGGGCGGAGAUCGAGAAUUAUGUCCUGACGUACAGAUCCGCCGAUGGAAGCCGCAAGGAGCUGAUUGUGGAUGCGGAGGACACCUGGAUCCGGCUGGAGGGGCUGUCGGAGAGCACGGACUACACAGUGCUCCUGCAGGCGGCCCAGGAUGCCUCGAGGAGCAGCCUCACCUCGGCUGCCUUCACCACAGGGGGCCGAGUAUUCGCUCAUCCUCAAGACUGUGCCCAGCAUUUGAUGAACGGAGACACGCUCAGUGGCGUUUACACCAUCUUCCUCAAUGGGGAGCGAAGCCAGAAGUUGCCGGUGUACUGCGACAUGAGCACCGACGGGGGCGGCUGGAUCGUAUUCCAGAGGCGACAGAAUGGCCAAACUGACUUCUUCCGGAAGUGGGCUGACUACCGUGCGGGCUUUGGGAGCCUGGAGGAUGAGUUUUGGCUGGGGCUGGACAACAUUCACAGGAUCACGUCCCAGGGCCGCUACGAGCUGCGUGUGGAUAUGCGAGAUGGGCAGGAGGCGGCCUUCGCCUACUACGACAAGUUCUCCGUGGAGGACGGCAGGAGCCUGUACAAGCUCCGCCUAGGGAGCUACAACGGCACUGCAGGAGACUCCCUCAGCUAUCACCAGGGACGCCCCUUCUCCACAGAGGAUCGAGACAAUGAUGUGGCAGUUACCAACUGCGCCAUGUCAUACAAGGGAGCUUGGUGGUACAAGAACUGCCACCGGACCAACCUCAACGGGAAGUAUGGAGAGUCCAGGCACAGUCAGGGGAUCAACUGGUACCAUUGGAAAGGCCACGAGUUCUCCAUCCCCUUCGUGGAAAUGAAGAUGCGGCCCUACAACCACCGUCUCACGGCGGGGAGGAAACGGCGGGCCUUACGGUUCUGAGCAGUGGGCAGUUAAUCUUUCUGUCAUUUGUUUGUAUUUUAUAUAUGCCACAAGGGGGGAGGGUCAUAACGAUGUGCUUUGCAACAUAUUGAGAGAUUUGAAGGAGGCAGGGGCGUAGCGGGAAUCAGCCGACGACCAUCAUUGCUUCUGCUGCCUCGGAGCCUGGCCCGGGCCGGUCUGCACUGGGCCUCCCAACCAGUCAUCCCCAACCCUCCCUCCUUUCCCACCAAGGAGGAAAAGCGGGAAGUUUGCUGGAAAGACCACCUCCAAGGUCACCCGGAGCGCAGAUGACUGCAGUGACAGGUCCCCUUCUUGCUCUCCUGCUCCUGAGAUACCCUCCACUUUCCAGGUAGCCUUGAUCUGGCCCGGCCUUCCACGGUCAGGUGAUCACACUGACCCAGAAGAAGCCUCAGCAAGGGAGCUUGGCCAGCAACUCCCCUUCAGAGGGCAGAGGCCAACCACACCCUGACCCGCCCGCCCGAGUCCCUGGGAACAGGCCGAGGACCUCCCCUCUGCCACGCUGACUUUCUGAGAGCAGCGGCCUCUCCCGACCCGCAGUCUCCUUAGACCCGCAGUCCACCCACCCAACCGCUGCUCUGGAACCAGUCCCCAUGGCACUGCCGGCUCCUGGCCCUGGAUGAUGUGGUGGUUGUGUCCCCAUGGGCCUCAGCCACUGUCCCCACCCUCAGGUCUGCCAGUCUGUGGUUGCUUGGUGGCAGGAAGGAGAGGUGGUUUUGUCUAGCUUCGGGUUGGGCUCUGAGGAAAGCAGAAAUGGAACCAGGACACCUGCUCUAGAGAUGACGGGUUCCAUGGGAACCAGUCCGCCCAGCUCCACUCUCUCCAUUUCCAGUCCGAUUUAUCAUGGACUUUUCUUUAAAAAAAAAAAAAAAAUUGCAAACAGAAGGCCUUAUUUCUGUCUUCUGCCAAGCUCUCCUUGGUGUCGGUGACUUAAUACGAGUCAGCAGAAGAGGUUAUAUGACCAGUCAGCCAUUCAUCCCCCUGCAGGGAGUCCUGGGAGAAGGCGGAAUGUCUGUUUAAGGAAGUGUUAUUUUAUUUUAUUUUAUUUUAUUUUAUUUUAUUUUAUUUUAUUUUAUUUUAUUUUAUUUAUUUUACUUUAUUUUAUUCUUGUGGGAAACAGAAAUGACCCCUUAAUGAGUUACGAUCAUGGGAAGUCUUUCUCCAUCUUUUUUUGUCAUACAUUAACAGUGCCAGAGGAAAUAGCGUCCAGAAACCUCAAGGUGGGAGGGAGGGUCGGCCUGUUUCCAGGAAGAGAGGUGCUGCCUCCACCCCAUGGCUGGAGUUUUAACCCAAGAGAGCUGGAGGCUCUGGGAGCCAUGCCCUUUCAACUUCCCCUCCACAUCAAAAGCCAGCGGCCACCUUCCCUCCCAAAGCCAUGUCCAAUCCAGAGCUGCCCUCUCCCUUUCCUCUUCCAUUCCUUAAGGUUCCUAUUCUGGUUUUGGCAAGGCCCGCACUUGUCAAAUGGGGACAUAUACCUUUGCCAACCAGUUACUGGACCAGCCUGAGAGCUGGCGACUUUCCGAUAGAAACAUCCUCGCUCUGACCAAGCUUUAAUGACCUCGAAGGGACAGUCCCUUCUGGUGUUAGGAGGAUGAAGUCAGCCUGCCAUUUAUUAUAGCCUCUCCCUCUUGCAGGCUCCAACAAGGCCUUGUCCACGGCUGGGCUGAGGCCCAAAAAUGUAGGUGGUGUUUUCAUUUUUCAAUCCACCAUGGGAUUCGGAAGGAAGAAGAGAAGCUUGUCAGUUUAAUGAGAUUCAGCCAGAGCAGGACAGCCAUGGAGAGUGGGACACUCAGAGACAGGCCGUCCUUUGCCGUGUCACUAGCUGCAUGACCUUGGGUCGGGUGUUUCACCUCUCUCAGCCUCAGUUUCCUCGACUGUCGAAGGAGAGACUAGAAAAAUUUCUAACUUCUCUUUCAGUCUUCGGUCAAUAGUGCUAGUCUAGGGCCCGAAAACCCUGGAGAUUGGUGAGAGCGCAGUGAGGUAAGGAGAAUCUGCCAGAGCCCUGGGGAGGGAGGGGAGAGCAGAAGGAAGGAAGGCAGGCAGGUAAGAAGGCAGGAAGGGAGCGGGAUGGGUUCAGAAGUCUGAAGUCUGCGUGCGUGCGCGCACACACACACACACACACACACACACACACACACAGUCUGCAGAGAAGACCAUGCCAAGAAAAGGGCUGAGCUGAGUCUGAGCCGAGCCGGGACCGGGCAGCCCACCCCAUCAAGGGAACUGCACUGGAACAAGGGUGCGUGUCAUCAGUUCAGAGGCAGCCGAGAGACACCCACGGAAACCAAGACCUGCCUGUCAUUGGAACCAUUUUACGCCAUGGAACGUUUUUAUAAAUAGCAUCAGCAACAUUGCCUAGAUUCAUUUUAAAGAAUUUUAAAGCAAGAAAGGGACUUCAAAGAUCAGCUUACCCAACCCUCCAUAAAAGGAGUUAUAGAUUCCUUUUGUUCAGAAGAGUGAUCUCCUCAUGAGUUUUUACCAUUUUUAGGGGACUCUGUUCCACUGUCUUCCCAAGACCUGUGGUCAACUUGGCUCAAAGCUUCUUAACUCCACUCACUUAACUUCUUUGCUGAGCUUCUUACUAAGAAGCUGCUUUGGAGCUACUUAACUGAUUAAUUCCUCAGCAUCCUGUUCCUCCAAGCACCUGAUUCUCCCAGAGAAGGACGCAGAAAGCAGCACAGUAGCCUGCAGCUUCCCACAGGAGCAGGAAUAGAAGUGGACCCUCCCCGGAAGGCAGUUAACCCCAGAGAAGUCAGAAUGAACUCCUUCACCAGAACGCAGGAAACCACCCCUGCAAAAGCCAAGCACAGCUCCCGGUGACGGCGGAAAACUCACUCCCCAGAGUAGGGGUAUAAAGAUUGCUUCCAACAUGUCCAACUCACGUUUUUCCAGAGUUGCUUCUAGAAGGUGAAGAGGUCAACAGCGAAGCAGGAUUCCAGGGAUGACAACCCUGUGGAAAGGUGCCAACCUCAGACCAGAUCAGACAGGCGGAGAGGGCUCGCUGAGAGUGACCACAAGGUGGCGCUCCUCCUGAAACUGGAGUGAGGCUUUCUGGGGACAGCAGGGUCCUCCUGGUUUCCACAACUCAUAGUGGGACUGAUCUGUAGGGAAGGUUGGUUUGUAAAAGCUCGAUGACAAAACAGCAGCAAAGAACUGGAGAACAGGCUUCUACAGACACCCCACCCUGCCCCUCACCCUCCAACCAAGGUGCAGGGACCCCUGCUUCCUUCCACCUGGAACCAGUAGGCUCCCUGCAGGCUGAAAACUGCUAUUUCGAAGGCAAACAUGAAAAAUCAAGGUUGCCAAUGAGCUCGAUGCCCAGUCAAACAACCCUGAACACUCUUUAUUCUUAAAAUCUAGCUCCAGAACAGAGUUACAGAUUAAGGAACAGAAGGAUCUUUUCAAAAGCUGUUUUCAAAGCAUCCGUCGAGAAAGCACUGAUGAGCUCCUCUCAGUCCUUUUCUCUGGAAAAGAAAACUGAGCUGGAAGAACACCAGAUGCACCAAGCUCAGGGGCUUCAAAGAGCGACCUGGAUUUGGGGCAUGGACAGUUCUUCUUUUUGUGUGUGUGUGUUUGCUUUUUGGCUUCCACCUAGAAUUUCAUAUGAUUUUCUACUUACUUUCUUGUCACCGGACCCCUAUUCAGUUGAACUCCUUCGUUCCAUUUAUUUCCCUCCAAAGCAGGGAGAGGGGACUCUCUUUCCACCUCUAUUGAACAUCUCUCCAUCUGCUCUUAAAACUUUGAAAAAAACUGAAAGAUUCAAACUCAGUUCAAUUUCUCUCACCCCACAGGAGGUGGAUAAUUUGUUCUCACUUGCCUUGAAGUGAUCAAAACUAUAAGAAGAGUCUUGGGGACCCUUUGGAGGCUGGGAUGGACCUAUGAAGCGUGGGGCCCAGCCUCUCGUUCAGACUCCAGGAGCUGCAUCUUCACCUAAGAUCCCAGGGUGACUGGCAGGUGUCACCCUGUGGGGGAAGGUGAGCCGGGAGGCUGUGUGACUUGUCGCCUCUCUCUAGCUGCACCACAGGUCCUUGAGUGCAUUUCUGAAGAUCUUUGGCUAAUUGCUUCCCCAAACCUUUACUUCUCCCACAACUCAGUUUCCUUUGAAUAAUACUUUGGAAUUUUGAUACAACUGGGCCAAAUGAGAACUCACAGGCCAAAUGAAAACCUCCAAAAUCAAGUGGGGAAAACGAGUUUAGGAUCCUUUAAGAGGGUAUGUUGGUGUGGAUUCAGGUGGAAUUAGAAAACCCCAGCUCAUUCUAACCGUAUCUCCACUGGAUUUAUUUAAGUCAGUUCUGUGCUUUUCGGGCUCUGAGAAACAGCUAGGAAGAAGAAAAAAAUUAAAAAGCAAAUAAAAGAAGCAGAUGGAUCAUUGGAGAUUAAAAUUAAGACUUCUCAGAUGGUCCCACAUUAAAAAUGCAGAGUCCGGGCCUGAGUGGCCAUGACCAAGGUGCCAGCAUUGGCUUCCCCAGUCCUGACCCCAUCUCCAAUCAGAUCUCCUCUCAGGUCACCCACCUCCCUCAAGAAAAAGCCAAGGCAUCAGAGGCCUUGCUGCCCAGAGCUCAGGAGGCUCGCUCGCCCGGUCCUGCCUGCACCCCACUUUCCUUCCCCAGCGAUCACAGCCUGAACUUCAUCUCCAGCAUUUCUGAUUUAUUUUCCAAGGUCACUCCCUGCCUGAAACAUGACUUCAUCACACCUGCAGCACUUCAUUGUCCAAAUGUCCUUGGCACACCGCACAGUCUUUGGACAGUGUUGCAUUUUCUCCAAACAGGAAAUCCUCCCUCCUUCUCCAGGCUUAAUAAGGCUAUUGCAGAGCAUCCAAAUAGCACAGCUCUUGUUCCUCAGGCAAACUUGGCCCCUCUAUUAACUUAAUAAAACAGCUCCCUAUUGUCUGGGCGGUGAGGCUGGCUAAGGCUCAGUUGCCAGUUCAGAACAUUUAACCCUCGCAUCCUCAUAGAGCUGGCUCUCCGAGGCACUGGCUUGGGCUCUCUGGCGCCAUGGUCUGAGGUCGGAAAGUGCAAGGUCCUUCUCUGAGAAGAAAGCACGUGCCCAGGAGGCCUGGAGCACCAAGCCUCAGAGAGGGUUUGGAUCCAGAUGCAUGGCCAGCAGGACAGUGCACGGAAGACCACUCUCCCCUUCCUGUCACUGUUCUAGCAGCUUCCAGGGAAGCCAGGGCUGCUGUCUGCCAUCCUGGCAUCCAACACUCACGCACUCCACCCUGCCUUCUAGACCAGCAUUGGAAACACACGUUCAGAGCCAGGGGGUCUCUGGAAAUCACCUAACCAAACCCUCUCACUUCACACUCAAGUAAACUGAGGCCAGGUUAGGCAGCUGGCCCAAGGGACUCAGCCAGUUAGUAACCAGGUUGAGGCGGAGCACGGCAGAGAGUUGUUAAUCUGUCUCUCCUCAAAUAGACAGAGAGAAUUGCAUUUAUCAUUCACCUACUCUUCUCCAGACCCUGUGCAGAGGCCUUUGCAUAUGUUACUCUAUUAAAUCCUCCCCACACCCUGAGUCAGGGUUCAGUGUUUUACAGACAAGAGAAGGGAGGACAGAAAGGUUAAAUGAUGUGUCCAAAAUCACAGCUCCCAGGGGAGCCCAAAUCAGACCCUCUCCAUCCACUCAGAAAGCCCUGGGUUUCCCUUCAUGAAGCUGCUGCCUCCCAUACAUAUCCAGCCAAGUGGCCGCCAUCUUGGGCUUCACCCGUGCUCUCACAAAGACGCGUCUGAGGCCACAGCCUGUCUCUUUCUUUUGAGAAAGGGCAAUUCUUGUGUUGCUUUUGACACGUGUUCCAGAGCCUCCAGCAUGGGACAAGUAAGAAAUACGUGGCCGCACUGUCCUUUCCUUCUUGAAUGGGGCAGGGUGAGAGGGCCCACAGCAGGCUUGGAGGAGAGGGUAAACGUGAUCCGCCCAGCCUCUUGCUCUCCCAGCUCAGGAAGAGUUGGGCGUUCCAGAUCCACUCUUCUCAAACUGGAGCAGGCAAGGUGGCAGGUUGGAGGAACCAGACUGAACGCACUGCCUGUUCCUGGAAUGUCAGCUUUACUCUAGAAUUCGGGAGAAAGGGUUCGACAAUGACUGUGUUCAAACCAGUGCAGAUAACAGCAAAGGCAGGAAUCGUGAAUUUUUUGAUCCAGAUCAGUAACUUGCAGGUGGAUUUGAAUUAGCUCCUCCCUGACUCCCAGGGGUGCCAACGCCUUCAGGGACCCCCAGGGGAGCACCACAGAAGACAUUUUUGAGGAAUGAGUGUAGAGGAAGGCAGGAGAUACAUUAAUUUUAUUUAUCCCCUGGUCUCUCUCCUAUUCCUUACCUGCCGCAUGGCCCCAGGGGGUGGGGAGCCCCAGACAGCAGUUGGCUGCAAUCUCAGCUCCUUUGCUACCUUGGGGGAUUUAGAAGGAAGGCAGUACUUAGUAACUCAGUGGUUCCCGCUGCCAGGCCAGAACUCCAGAACGGGACCCCCUUCCCUUAGCUGAAAGAUGUUGAUAUAAAAAGGAGCAGGUCUUCCUGAGAGCUGCUUCCUGUGGCCCCCGUUCCAGCUGUGAGGUUGGGGGGCAGCGUGGUUGUUGCUCCCCCACCAUGGUUCCUGCAAAGACGCCAGCCAUUCCCCGUUAGAGGUACCCCAAGGCCCACAGACUCAGGGCCUGUUCUGAACACCUGGGCUCCCCCACAUCGUUUACACACGUGCAUCCAAUUAUUCCAAUCAAACACCUGCCAGGCCCAUAGGAAUUCCCAGGCGCCCUACCCAAGUCACAGUGACUUUGAGGGGCUCCGGGCAGACAAACCCACCCUGGGCAUCUCUAGAUUGUUGCUCUGAGAACUCAUAAACACCAACUCCUCUGGUCCUUCUGAUUUUGAGUUUGUCAUUUUUAACCUUUAACAGCCUUUUCAGGUAAAAAUAACAAAGACCGACUUUGUAGCUACAAUGUACUUGAAAAAGCACUUACUUAAAGACGGGAACGAGGGACAAGGAAAGAAGAAAACAGAGUGCAUGCUCCUCGGCGUUGCACACUUCAAUGAACUCAAAUCAAAACCCCCAGAGGAGGGCAGAGGGAAGGACCACCGGCCCUGUCCUUCCAUGGCACUGUAGCUCAAAGACUGGAGUCUCUGCUUGUUAACCAUUGUUAACUAGUAUUUUUAGUCCUGGUUGCUUUUAGCCUCUGUAUAGUUCCUUUUUUAAACACAUUUUCUAUGCGUUAAUAAAAGAUCCUG